UGCGAAGUGACUCUUUUUGGGCUUCCCGAGCUUCUGUAGCAGAUCCCCCUGUCUCUUUCACCUCAGUUACAGCAUGGAUCCUUUCUCAAACUUUAUUUCGGUGUUAUAGUGUCAGUUUUGACUUGGGAUAACACGAUCUACGUCUGGAUUCCGUUGACUCAUCUGGACACCAUGUUCACCACCACCGGGUCUCGGGGCCUGUACAAGGCUCCCCUGUCCAAAGGCCUCCUGCUGGUUCUCAGUGGGCUGACUGUGAUGCUCACCCUGCUGCCACAGUACCAAGAGCUGUUUGUGUACAACCUGCAGGCUGUCGCACAGCAGCACCAGGUGUGGAGUUUGUUGUGUGGCAGGCUGGUCUUUCUGGACGUGAAGGACGCUUUCUGUAGCAGCUUGCUCAUUUACAACUUCCGGAUCUUUGAACGGAGGUUUGGCACCAGGAAGUUUGCCUCCUUUUUGGUGGGCACUUGGUGUCUCUCUGCGCUGAUAGACUUCUUGCUGGCCCAGGCUUUCCAGUUUCUGUUUGACUAUGAGGUGGAGGAACUGCCUGCAGGACUGCUCGCUCCAGUCUUCUCUCUGUUUGUGCCUUUCUACCGGUUGAUCCCCAAGGUGCCAGUUACCCAGGUCCUGGGCCAAAUCCACAUCACCAACAAGUCUCUGGUCUACAUAGUAGGCCUGCAGGUAAGCCCAUGUUCUACUAGUGUGGGGAUGUUAAUAUAUUUUGCUUUCUUUGUCACUCACUUUCAAACUAGUCUGAUCCGGAUUGUUUCUGACUUCCGCUCUCCUUCUGUGGUGCAGCUAUUGACUUCCAGUCCCUUCAUGUGGCUCCUUGCACUCAGUGGACUGAUCUCAGGAGCGCUGUACCACUCCAAUGUUCUCUGGUUACAGAAGCUCCUCUUUGUACCUUCCUGGGUGUCUUUUAUUGGCCGGUAUAUUCUGGAGCCAAUCUUCUCAAGCUCCCAACCGAGCAGUGAGACGCCCCUGGGUAUGGGCGCCACUCUGGACAUCCAGAGGCAACAAAGGAUGGACAUACUCGACCAGCAGCUGCUGCUGGCCCAAUACAACGAGUCCACGACGAUCAACAGGCCACAGCCGCAGUCUGGGUUGUUCCAGUGGACCAGAUUUUUCCCCUCCCUGAGACAAAGAGGACCGAACCGCCCCCCAGUGGAAGCCCGUCCCCAGGCUGAGACGCAGCCAUCCACAGAGUCCCCUCUAUUGGUCAACUCUCCUGUCGUAGAGGCGCAGGUUGCUCUGUUAGUGGAAAUGGGCUUUUCCAGGACUGACGCCCUUGAGGCCCUCAGAGCUUCAAACAACGACAUCAACAUGGCAACUAACUUCCUCUUGCAACACUGAUGUAGCUCAGAAAAAAACAGAAUCGAAUGUGGACAGAGAGAGAGAGAACAGGAAGAGAAGCAACCAAAGCAGAGGAGCACAAAACAAAACGAAGAGAAUGAAAAGACCGUGAAUGAUGGACAAUUUUGUACAGAUAAACUGAAGUCUGUGUCCCUGCUCGCUGAGGCAGUUGUCAGGACGACUCAACCUGAACUGAGCUCGGCAGCAGGCUGAUUAUUGAGGAGGUGUGAAGCACAAAGUGGAAGACAUUUGCGUCAUAGCUUUCUGAUGGCCGUCGUGGUGUGAAACAUGCGUCAUUGCUCAAGGCAGACAAGUUAGACCGCUAUUAUGAAACAUAAUGCAGAAAGCAAACAGAACUCUUUAGUGCAGUGGAUGGAAUAUGAAGUGGGUUAUUUCUUUCAAACAAGUGAUGUUGAAGCACACAAAAUCGGCUGCGAUCCAACCCACCCCUCUCCACAAAGAAACCGACUUCCAGUAACAGCGUUCCAUAAGCAAUGUCGCGUACUGCCGCUCUGCUUCCCACGUCCACCGUGUGACCAGCAUCUUAUACCUUGAUGACAGGUGAUAAGUAUGACAUGGAAAAACAGACAAAAGAACGAGGUGCACAAGGUUUUUGUGACUGUGGAUCGGAGAACGUUGUGUUAUGUUUUCACCCCAUUAGGAUAAAGUACUUUUCAUUUUGGAUUUCAGGCCCAUCCGCUCUUAAUGCAGCACCUGCUAGAAGUUUUGUUUUAACCCCACGAGGCGGUGCAGAGGUCACGAUUACAACGUCAGCAUUUAUGAAUAAAGAACCCAUGAACAAUACAAUAUACGAUUUGAAGACACAGUUAUUUCUCUAUGUUGGCAGUGCUGCGUGGAAGUAGAAGGGCUCGGCCCGUUCCUGCCCGAGCUGUUUUAUCAAAGCUUGUAAGCAGUACAGGUGCAUUGUUGGUGACAGGCGGCUAUCUCAGGAUCUAUGAGGUGACUUCUGUAAAUGACAUAAUCACAUUUACAGACGCGAGUGCCCGCACACACGCUCACAGCCGCCCUUCGAGGAGGAGGUCAUGUUUCACAGCCCCGACUGUCAUCUUUUCGCACACUCACUCCUCGAGGUUUUAUUCUGUCUUAACCGGGUUUGAGACUUUCUCUCUGCCAACGCACGUCUGAAUCAUAGCGAGUCUUAAAAGACAUGAUAUUUAAUAUGCAAUAUCAUGACAUAGAGAAAAUGUAUGGAGACUAUGCACUGCAUAGAAACUACUUUGUGUAUAUAAACGUGCAAGAGAAGUAACAUUGCAGCCACUAUGUAUUGAUGUCAAAGACAGAUGCUAGUUUUAUAUUUUGUGCAUAAUAAUAUUGAUAAUAUAUGACCACUCAGAUGAGUCAGUCAUGUGUGUAUAUUUUUCUUUUUUAGAGUGGUAUACCAGUAUAUGGGUGUGAUGAGGGAGUUGUUGCAUGGACAACUUUCUGAUGAACUGUAAUGAAUCAUAUUUUAUCUGUGGACUAUAUCAACUUGCAGACUGAAUUAUUUUCAUGACAAUGACAUGUUCGUAAAUAACAAACAGUCUACGGUGUUUUCUGUAUUGCCAAUCGCACUCUAAUGCGUCCUAAUGCUGAGUGUUACUUUCAUCAUAACUUUUCCAAGUGGAGAAUGCAAUGCAAACAUCUGUUGGGCCUGAAGAGUGUUCUCUACUCCUUUCCCAUGCAGCCAAAGCCAAAAACAAUAAUUCUGAGAUUAACUUCUGGAAAAUACAAAUAUACAAUUUCAGUAAGAUUCUCUAAUAGCUUCAAUAUGAUUACCUAUCUUACCUAUCGGUUGUGGUUCUAGUUUUCAACACAUGAUGGCACUCUUGUGAUAAGAUAAGAGACGGGCUCAUUUGUAUCAAGAGAUAAUGUUUAAUAAUAGCACAUAUGAGUAAUGUGUCGGAGAAAAAGUGAAACUAUUAUUUAGACUGGCUUUUUAAAAAGUUAAUUUAAUGUAAUGGCUUGUUAAAAUACCCUCUGUCUGCUAAGAAACAAAAAAGUAAAAUUCUAGUGUAUGUACAUCCUCAGAAUCGGAUACAUUUUGAUAAUAAAUCACACAAGGUUUUAUAACAGAUACAUUUAAUAGCAGUUGUUCCUCUGGUGAAACAUUGGAUAGUAGUUGUUAUUCCUUUUGCAAGUAUAUCCAACCUGAACAGUUUUGAGGGUUAAAAACACUCUUUAGUGAAAAAUGCUCACACCCAAAGACAUAUGUGCCUUCUGAUGAGUGGUCACAAAUAGACUCACUCAAAAUCCCAAAAGGUCUUCAAGCAACUUCCCCGUAACGACAAAAGCAGCUGCCACUGUUUUAAGGAUGUAUUAUUUCAC